AUCCCCAUGAGUAGCAGCAGCCCGCUGCUGAUUUCACCCAAAACAGCCGCUCACAGAGGACCAAUUUAAUUUCUCCAUUUUUCUGCGCGGAGCAAAGAAGGGAGCGACAGAAAGUCAUAUUCAUUUCCUUUUUCUGUUCCUUAUUUUGUUUCAGACACUUUUAGCCCUUUAGCUGGUAUUUGUUUUGCGAAUUAAAUCCAGUAAGAGGCGCUGGUUAGCUGCUCCGCUCAGACCAAACCUCCCCUCCGUUUAUCCCAUUUUCCCCUCAGUGUUAGCUAGCUCACUUUACCCAGGCGACGGUAGCUGCCCUCCAUCUGCACGCCGACAUGCCGGAGUACCUGGACGACCCGUCUGUGCUCACCAAGGACAAGCUGAAGAGCGAGCUGUUGGCCCACAACGUGGAGCUACCGAGCGGCAACCCGACCAAAGACGUGUAUGUGCAGCUUUAUCUGAAUAACCUGACCGCGCAGAACAACAAACAUGUCACGGCCGCGACUCUGGACGCCUUCUCCAGCGACGAGGAGCUGCCGCCGCCCGUCGUCUUCAACAGAAGUCGCUCCUCCGGCAGAAAAGCCACCAGGAAAACAGACAAGGUUCUGCCGGACGAGCUGGAUGUGACCGUGCUGACCGACCAGGACCUGAAGGACGAGCUGCUCAAGCACGGAGUGGAAGCGGGGCCCAUCGUUGCGUCCACCCGUAAGCUGUAUGAGAAGAAACUGCAGAAGCUGCUGGAUGACGGUCCCACACAGCCGCCGCUGCCACAGCUGGUCCUCACAGACAUACAAGUCAACCACAACGGCAACUCCGAAUCAGACCUGUACAGCGACAAGGAGGAUGAAGUGACAGCAGCACCAGAACCAGAGCCUGUGGCAGAACCUGAACCAGUUCCAGUGGUAGAGAGACCACUGAGGAGCCGAGGGAAGACGCCCGUCACCACCCGCACCCGCAGCAGCCAGCACCACGCGAUAGUGACUGAAGAUCUCAGGCCUGUUUUGACAGACCAGGUCCAGCUGCAGUCUAACAGGAGGCUUUCUCACAGGCGGGAUAGUCCAGCUCGGGCUGAACCUCCCUCGUCCUCAUCCAGACCUUUUCAGGUGGAGAAGAUUGCAGCCAGCGAGCAACCCCUGAAAGUGGAGGAGAAUGAAGUUCUGAAGGAGCUGUUCCCCAAUGACAUCAACAGCCCCACAGGAAUCACCGCCACCUGUCGACGACCCAUUCGAGGAGCCGCAGGUCGUCCACUCAAGUCCAGUGAUCUGUGGAAUGACGAAAACUCCCUGUUCUCUCCAAAAACCACCAAGACCAGCAGCUCCUCCUCCCACACAGAGACCCGCACCAUCAACAGAGUCAACAGCCUGCCCCCCUCUGCCUCCUUCAACUCCUCUACCUCCACCUCCUCUUUCUCCACAUCCUCCUCCUCCAGGCAUCUGGCUGCAGCUCCCCCUGCAGGUCAGGCUGCAGCAGCACACCGCAGCGUAUCUCCAUGGAUAAAGCUGUUCCUGCUGGCCAUUGUGGCUGCCUUCCUGUUCCUGGUUUACCAAGCCAUGGAGACCAACCCCAGCGUCCCUUUUGGAGGCUCAGGCACAGACGUGGCCAGUGACAGCACAGUAUAGAGAGUGGAGGAAGAGGGAAGGGAGAGAAGCCUUCCUGUUUUGUUAUUUUCAUUUUUUAAGAAGUGUGAAUCUUCAUUGUAGCCAUUUUGUUGACGGGCGCUGUGAAAUGACAUCUUUGACCCUCUUUUGCUCAAUAUUUGAUCUCUUCUUUUUUUCUUCAUUUCUAAAUCAGUGAAUCGCUUAAGAGGAGCGGUGUAGCCGUUUCAGUGACACUUCAAGGAUCUCCAUGACACGUUGUGAAAGGACAGUACGCAUCUGCUGUUGUUGUUUUGGUCCAUUCUUGAUCUCUGACUCAGUCUGUGAGGUUACGACAAAGCCAGCCACUAAUCAACUCUCAGAAACACAGUAGCUUUCAUAGAAAUAUGGACUCCCUUUUUAUUACGUUCAUUUCUUUUAUGUCAUAUUUGCAUGGUGCAUGUGUGAGUGUAUUUGUAUUGAAUGUGUGUGAAUGUGUUUUUUUCACGCUUUGCCUUGGUGUCUGUCUGUGAGUCAUUAACAACCUUGAAGAUGGAGUUUGAAUCUGUAAUUUUUUUUUUUUUACUUGACCAUCUUUGUUAAUGAGACAGGGAGGCUUGUUGUUAUAACCCAAAUGCUUCUAAAACUUCUUAAACCCUACACCAAUAUUUUCUUAAUGUUCAUCUAAUAAAAGUCAGUGUCCCUGUGUAUUCUACUUAAUUAUGUAUUCACUGUCACAAAUAUUGAAUAUCUACUCAAUAAACUAUUACGUUGUUGCUGUG